AUGCUCAGAUUGGCCCUGCGGCGCUCGGGCAUCAUCGCAGCAGCCUGUUGCACGCACUGCCCGGCUGCUGCGUGCGACGCCGCAUGGGAGGCGCGGAGGAGCCGAGUGUCACACGCCUCCGUGACGACGCCGCAAAAGGGUUUUAGCUCUGGUCGGGGUCAUGGGGUUGGGACGUCGCACGCAGGCGGUGGACACACCACAGGCAACUCACCGAUGGCGGGGCACGCGCACAGUCAUGGCAUACACAACGGAGCGACGCAGGCCGUAACGGUGACGCAUACAUCUGGCAGCCAUACCAGCGGCAGCGGCAACAACAACAACAACAACAACAGCGACGGUCACAUCAGCGACAGCGGCGGAGGUGACGGCGGUGGGAACACCAGCAAUGGUGGUGGUGCCUCCUCGCUGAGGCGGAAGAAGCAGACAACGAAGGUGCUGCAACGCACGAGGGGUCUGAAGAAGAAGAAGCGCGUGAAGAGGGCGACGGCGGCGGCAGCGACAACGAUGACGUCCGCACAAGUCAGCGGUGGAGCAUCACGCAAUGCAGCAGGUGCCAGUUCCGCGUCGGUGUCUGCCAACGCAGCUGGAACUGGUGGGGUAAAUGCUCGUUGCACAAGACGCAAGCGUGCCCAGAAGACAAAUGCCGCGGCGCCUAAGCUUCGCGUGUGUGUGCUCAACAGCAGCUACGAGGGCAGUGACUCCGUGACGGCGGAGAUUGACAACUACCACUGCAGCCCUGCCCACUGGGUGAAGGACAAGAAACGGUACACAUUCACGGAGGUGGCCCUGCGGAAGAGCGAUGCUUACCGCCAUGUACGGGAGUUGGUGACCUCCAACAAGUUUGACGUUUUUUUCAACCUUUGCGAUGGUGGGAAGGACGAAAAGCGGGCAGGUAUUGACGUGGUGGAAGCGCUCGAGGAACACAACGCUGCCUUCACCGGCACCGACUCGCAUAGCUUUGAGCCAAGUAAGAUUGACAUGAAGCUGCUUGUCGGCGCGGCAGGCGUGAAUACGCCCAACUUUGUGCUGCUGGAGAACGCCGAGGGGCUGGCGAAGAAGUGUCGUCACCUGCGCUUUCCUGUCAUUGUGAAGCACCUCUCCGGGUACGCCUCGGUGGGGAUACAUAAGGACAGCCGUUGCGACAACUUGGAUGAGCUGAAGGUGAAGGUGCAGGCGUUUUUGGCCGAGUUCAAUCAUGCCCUCGUCGAGGAGUUCAUUCGCGGCCGCGAGGGCACCGUUCUCGCCUGCGCGGAUAGCGGAAGCCAGUUUGGGGUGAAGGUCUUUAAGCCACUCAUGUUUAAGUUUCUGCAGAAUGAUGAUGACUUUGCGUACUUUGAGAAGAAGUGGACGAUGGAGUGCAACGACAACGCCUAUGGGUUCCUGCCACAUAGCGACCCUGCCUACCCCCUCAUCAUCGACACUGCCCGUAACGCGUUUCGACACAUUAUGAACGGAGUUGGCUAUGGCCGUGUGGACUUCCGCAUUGACGCCAAGGGGGACGUGUACUUUCUGGAAAUUAACCCCAACUGUGGGAUGUGGUACGACGAGAAGGAUGGUGGGGACUUUGCAGAUGUGAUGGUGCAGGGCGAUAAGUCGUGGGACCAUGAUCGGUUUAUUCGAAACGCCAUACUCCGCGCAGUGCGGGAGCAGGCGGCUCGUCGUCCAUGGUAUUUUAUCAGCCACGACUCAAAGGGGAACUUUUCCACACGUGCGAGCAAGACGGUGCGGGCCGGUAAAAGCCUGUUCGGCGACGCCGUUCAUCCCGUUCCUGUCGUUGCCCAGGCGCUCUACAAACUAGGCGAGGAGGACCCCACCGUUGGCUGCGUCAUUUUACGUGGGGAUCGACUGCACCAGGCGGUGGCAAUUCGGCACUCGUGUGAGCCAAACAUGCAGUUCAUGCAGGGUUGCACCCUCACGCUGGUGGCGAAGCGGAAGAUAAAUGUGGGCGAGGAGCUCACUGUUGACUACGCGACGCUGUGCGAUGAACGCAUGCCGCCCUUUGCGUGUAGCUGCGGGACGAGCAACUGUCGAAGUGUCAUUUUCCCCUCGGCCCCCACGCCUCGGACGCUGGAGGGAAGGAACAUGCGACAGAUGCUGCGGGAAAAGAAGCGAGCAUGGUACAAGGAAAAGGAGGACCGUGAGGCGGAGCGUAUGCUGAAGAAACGAGCCUCAAGGGGCAGGGGCAGUGGUGCAUCCGCAUCUGUGCCUUUACCCUCCGCAUCUGCGUCCGUAUCAAGCGCAUCAACAGCUACUGCGCUGUCCACUUCCUCCGCUGGAAUAAGUUUAUGCAGUAGUGGUACUAGUAGCAGCAACAGUAGUGCGGUGCAUGGUACAGGUGGCAAGAAGUAG